GCCAUUUUGGCUUUCCCCAUUGCACGGAUAAGUUUGCACGUUGCAUCGGGGUGAAAGAGGAGGAAGGGGGGAUUCUCGAGAGCAGAAGAAAACUCAUUCAUUCAUUCCUCUUUGAAAGCUUGGUGGAAUAUUGUGCAUAUUUUUAAUUAAAUACCUGGACAUUUUAAAAAAUCAGAUAACAUAAUCCGCUUUUUUAAAAAAUGAAAAAGUCUGCAAUUGCAGUACCCCCCUGAAUAUUUUAAAGUGUUCUGAAAUGUCCUGUAUAUCAUGGGGAUGGGGUGUGUGGAAAUCUCAGAUCCUGGGGCCAAAUGGGGGUCUACGCGGGUGAGAGGGCACCGUCUGAACCCUGCAACACGUGAAUGCCGAGACCGCCAACCUUUGAUUACGGGGCUGUUUAUUUCUCCAGGGUCAAAAGGGCCCUCCCUGCUGGACGUUGGCCGAAGAGCAAGGGAGGCCAUGCUGGAGAAUGAGGGGGACGUGGCCUCUCUGGCACUGCCGCAUCCCAAGUCGAGCCUCGUCCCCAGCGCAGAGCAAGCGGAAGAGCCCAGGACGCCACAAUAUCAGAUCUCAGAUGAAACAGGGGCUGCCAUUUUGGACACCAGCUCAGCAGGUAUUUCAAGGAGGAAACACUUCUGCCCAGAGAGUGGCCAAUGCUUUGCCUUCGGAUUGGCUCUUGCUAGACACCAGAGAAUCCACACAGGGGAGAAGCUCCAGGAAAGCUCUGAGAGUGGGGAAUGUUUUGCUCAGAGUUCAGAGCUUGUGAGCCCUUUGGAAACCCCUGUGUCUUUGGAGUUCAGGAAGGUUCUUGCUCAUCAGCCCAUCGUUCUGAUCCACCGGAACGUCCAUGCAGGAGGAGAUAAGCCAUAUCGCUGCUUGGAGUGUGGGGAAGGUUUUCCCCGACUCUCAGAUUUUGUGAAACAUGAAAGAGGCCACACAGGGGAGAAACCCCACAAAUAUGGCAAGAGUAGGAUCGGGUUCCCCAAGAGAUCACAGCUUCAUGGACCCCAUAAAGUCCACACAGGAGAGAAGCCCCACAAAUGCAGUGUUUGUGGGUUAUGCUUUUCUGUUAGGUCAGAACUUGUUACCCAUCAGCGAACCCACACUGGAGAAAAACCCUAUAAAUGCCCAGAGUGUGGGAAAUCAUUUGCUCACAAGUCAGGCCUUGUAAUCCAUCGGAGGCUCCACACAGGAGAGAAGCCCUAUGAAUGCUGGGAGUGUGGGAAAUGUUUUCCUCAAAAUGCACAUCUUUGGAGCCAUCGGUUGGUUCACACAGGGGAGAAACGGUAUAAAUGCUUUGAAUGUGGAAAAAAGUUUACUUGCCGUUCCAGCCUUGUAAGCCAUCAGAAAACCCACACAGGAGAAAGGCCCCAUAAGUGUCUGGAGUGUGGCAAAUGUUUCCCCAGAAAUGGAAGUCUCAGGCGACACCAGAGAAUCCACACAGGAGAGAAACCCUAUGAAUGUAGAGAGUGUGGGAAAUGUUUUCAUGAGAAAGCUGAACUUCUGAGCCAUCAGACUGUGCACACCGGGGAGAGGCCUCAUAAAUGUGCGGAGUGUGGGAAAUGUUUUAUUUCAGCAUCACAUCUUGCAAUCCACCAGAGAAUCCAUACGGGAGAGAAACCCUACAAAUGCGUGGAGUGUGGAAAAUGCUUUUCCCAGAAACAACACCUCAAGCAGCACGAAAAAAUCCACACUGGGGAGAAACCCUACAAAUGUGUGGAGUGUGGAAAAUGUUUUGCCAGCAAAUCACACCUUCAUGUACACCAGAGAAUCCACACAGGAGUGAGACCAUAUGAAUGUGGAGAGUGUGGGAAAUGUUUUUCCACUUCAUCACAUCUUAUUAUUCAUAAGAGAGUCCACACAGGAGGAAAGCCACAUAAAUGUUUAGACUGUGGAAUGUCAUUUACUUUAGCACAAAGCCUUAGGGGGCACCAGAAGACCCACACAGGAGAGAAACCCCACAAAUGCUUGGAGUGUGGGAAAUGUUUUUUAAGGAAAGACACCCUUGUCUCCCAUCAGAGAACCCACACAGGAGAGACACCCUAUAAAUGCUUGGAGUGUGAGAAAUACUUUGCAAGAAAAUCAGAGCUUAACAUGCAUCAAAGGAUCCACACAGGAGAGGAAGCUUACAAGUGCUUGGAGUGUGGGAAAUGUUUUCGUCAGAAAGGGAAUCUUUUGAAACACCAGAGAACCCACACAGGAGAAAAACCCUACAAAUGCAUGGAGUGUGGGAAAUGUUUUUCUUGGUCAUCAUAUGUUCGCAAACACCAGAAAGUCCACACAGGAGAGAGGCCUUACCAAUGUGUAGAGUGUGGGAAAUGGUUUUCACAGAGUGGGAACCUUAGAAAACACCAGAGACUCCAUAUGGAAUAGAAAGCAUAUAAAUGUUGGGAGUGCGGGGAAUGCUUUGUAAAGAAAGGAACCUUUUAUCAGCACUGGAGACUCCACGAAGGAAAUACAACGCAAGUGUCUGGAGUGUGGGAAAUGAAUUGCUGCUCAUUUGGAUCUUCAAAGGCACCAGAGAAUCCACUAAAAAGGGAAACCCAUUAA